AUGUCGGCCGUUCAGAAACCCAACCAAAAAUUUAUAGUUUACAUCUUCAUGAAAGACCUCCAAAAAAAGAGUUCGGUACGAAGACAAAUCACGAAUGAGGACGAUGAACGGUAUGGUGACGACAGCCUGCAUGAGCUUCCCAGAACAAUACCAAAUGUAAAUCCCUAUAUUAGAAAUUGUGGAUUCAGGCCAUCUUACUCUUCCCAAAUUCCUUCGACGAGAAGUUUAUUUAAUAACUAUUAUAAUCGUUCAAGUGCUAAUACAGUGGGAAAUGACACAAUAGAUACUGAUAGUGUUAGUUAUAACGGAAUUGGCAAAUUUCGGAGAAAUAGUGUGGAUAUACCGCUGCAAACACACAACCGACUGGAAGUACGACCUAUCGUCGACAGGCAAGACUAUUUAUGGAGAGAGAUAAAUGCCCUGGCUGACGUUAAAAGACAAGCACAAGCAACAGAGUUGUAUGAUCAAUUCCCUCAUGGAUUCGAGAACAAACUGAUGCAAUUAAGGCAAGCACAUAGUAAACUACUUCAAGUUUUGAGAGAUCGUAAUGCUAAAAUAGAAGAAGAACAACGCCGUGAAGUAGCUGUGGCAACCGCUGCUGCCAUGAUGACCAGAACACCAUCACCAACAGGGAAAUCCGUUGGAGAUGAAGCCACCAGCAACAACAUGCACAGUAGCAGCGCAGUUAGAAAUCCAAAUGGACCAACGGUUGACCCUGAAGAAGGAAAGUAUAUUCAAGAGCUAGUGGAUACUAUAAGGGAAUUACAAUAG